CGACGGUCGACCACGAUCCGUCCCGGAGUUCGACUCAAUCUGCAUCACCCCGUCGAGCUCCAGCCGCCCAGCCGUGUCUGCCAUGGAGAUCGUCGACGACGACCCUGGGAUGAACCGGCACGGGUACCCGCGGGGCUACCACUUCGUUCCCCGGAACAAAGAGCUCAUCGGCGUCCUGGAAGACAAGCUCGCCGGCCGCCCACUCCCUUACCCUCCCAAUAUCUUCCAUGACAUCCAGAUCCUCGACUACCACCCCGCCAACCUCUACGAGGCGUACAAGGAGCACGAGGAGGCCGGGUGCGUCUACUUCUUCAGCCUCAGGAAGUUCCCAGGUGCCAAAAGGACGCGGCCGGUGCGCGCCACCAAGGACGGCAACUGGACGGCCUCCGGGCAUGGCAAGCCCGUGACGCGCGGUGGCGUGGACGUCGGCUAUAAGCACACCAUGGUGUUCUACGAGAAGAAGAAGAACAAGGCCAACAAGUCCGAGGGUAAGACCGACUGGGCCAUGCACGAGUACACCAGCAUCAUUGGACCCGAGGACAAGCAGGUCGCAGAUUUGGCUUUGUACCGUCUCUACAAUAAGGAGGAGAAGGAGGCAGGCAAGCACUUUCGUAUCUUAUCCAACGAUUCACCGAAGAAGAAGAAGAAGAGGAUGAAGAAGAAUGAAGCAGGCCAGCACGUUAUUACCUUAGCCAACGGUUCACCGAAGUUGGAGGAGCUGCCAUCACCGUGUCCGACGGACGGAGGGAUGCCCGUGCACUCGACAUCACAGGCAAAUGACUAUUACCAUGUAUUUGCCGACGCGCCACAUAUGGUACCCUCGCUGCAGCCAACCGCCGUGAAUUACUGCCCGCAGCAGCAGGCAACCGGCACGCCUAUGUGGCCGCAGCAGCAGGCUGGCAACGACUUCGAGCUUGCAGAUUGGGACAGUAAGCCGCCAUCUCUGCCUCCCCUGCUAGCACCGUCGACGGCGUCAGGGUCAGAAGCCAUUGGGCACAGCCUGCCAACGUCGCAGCAACAGGAUGCCGAGUAUCCUGGACCUGCAGUCUCGAAUGAGCAGCCGCUGACGACGCUCCCACCUUCAGUCGUAACAGUGCUAGGGACGGCUGCCGAGGGGGACUACCUGGAUAAUGAGUUCAAGGUGUUAUGCGAGAUGCAGCAAGAGCAGCCGGCCGCGAGCCCCUGCUGGUUACCCAUGCUCGACGAUGACGACGACUUGCCGAUGCUUAUGGACGAAGAGAACUAUACAUGCACAAUAGACGAGCUAUUGGGCCACAUGGACGACAAGGCGGCGAUGUCGACAGAGGAAGCAGAUCCUGACGAUCAGGUUUAG